UUGCAGUUUACAAAAAAUCGAAAGCUCUUUAAGCUCAUUAGUUUUCCCGUUUCAGAGAGCUUUUUAGUUGGUAUAUCUGUAGUUACUAAUAAAUUACCUGUCAGGUAUUUACAUUUUUAAGGACAUUCUGCGAGAGUUUUCUAUCUGACUAUCCUUGAAACGCCGCGACGGUGUAGAGCACAAUGCCAUUGCUACAGCGUUUGUCGAAACAAGUUGGCUGUCGUAUUUGGGAUGCAAUCCAGGCCAAGCUGAAGGAAAUUCAACAGAAGGAUAAAAUCAACAAAACCCUCGUGGAUUAUAUCUUCGUGCUGUUUGAUCCGUGCAACGAUGCGACGGUCCUGCGGAGUAAACUGGUGGAUUUUCUAGGUGAUAAAACGGAUGUCUUCGUCGAAUGGUUUGUUAAAGUGGUGUCACAGGUGGAUAAUCAAGUGACAAAAGCGCAAUCGGAGAUAGCUGGCAAGCAGUCGUCUGCUGGCGCCCCGGAAGGCACCGCUGCCACGACCAAACCCACUCCCUCUCCGGAAAAAGAUACAUCCACCGUUCCCACUGUGAAAACGGAUCCGCCCAGUGAAGCUCAGCCACCAAUCCCGGCGGCCACUUCCGGCUCUGAAUCUCCACAUAAAACGGAGGCGGACAAACGGCGUGAGGCGGAAGCGGAAAACGAUUGGGAAUCCGAUCCGUCCCGUUCGCGCCACCAUCAUCGCUCCGGCCGGCGACGAGAGCAUCGUGGCAACGCGGAUCCAAACAGAGAGCAGCCGAAGUCAGGAGUUUCGCGCAUUCUCACCAAAGCGGCGCGUGAUGCGGUGAAGUCCGUACAAGCCGUCAGCGCCGCCCAGCAAGAUGUUCCUUUGGUGGAGAAGAAGAAGAGCGAGGAAAAAGUGGUCCAACCUGAGGAAGAGAUAAUGGUUAUCGAAGCCGAUGCUACCGAGGAGGCUAUAAUAGAUCAGGAGGCGUUGAAGUCCGACGAUGAAUCUCGUGGUCAACCCAUUGCGGUGAAAAUCGGUCGUGGUGGCGGUCAGAAGCGCGCACAUGAAGAACGGGAAAGGGACAUCCGCAGUGUUACGGCACCCGUGCCCGCCCCGGUAGCUCCGACGCGGGCGGAUUCUCCGCUGAUUGUUCCGGACUACCGACAUCAGGAGGAAACGGAGAACGUCCUGGAUCAGGAUUCCGAAGAAAUUCCGGGUUUGCUGGUGGUUAUGCCGUCCCACCCGUCCAGCCGUGUAAUCAUGGGUCAGCACGGCUUCGGACGCAAUCGAUGGGGAAUGUUCAGCCAGCCGGAGUUCACCGUGUCCGGCAUCGGCCGACCACCGUUCCAGCCUCCAUCUCAGCACGCGAUGGGCGGAGAUGAAAUGGAUGUCGAUGGACCGCCUCCUGCUAAACGGAUGCGACCGGGUGGCAAGCCUCCUGUUGAUACCUCAUCUAUACCUUGCCGGUUUUUGCCACACUGUGCUAAAAAAGCAGGAAUCUGUCCGUAUUUCCAUCCCGUCUGCCGGAACGGAAAACAUUGUCGCUUUGGGGCGACGUGUGUGUUCGAUCAUUCAGGAGCAUCAACGGCGGAAGGACCGAAAAAACAAGCUCCUCCCGUGCCGACCAAAAUCCCGUUCUGUAUCUACGCACCGUUUUGCACGCAGCCGCGCUGCAAGUUCCUCCACAAGCAGCCUGUGGUAUGCACGUUUGGCGCGCAGUGUCGCAUGGGAGCCGCCCGAUGCGCCUUCUUGCAUCCGGAAGAUCUGGCUGACGGGGAAUCGACGGUCGGGGACCGGAGUGAUCUGCAGAUAACCGAUCUGGAAGAGGACAGUGAGUUUGAGGGGGAUGUCACGGGCGGCGACGCGGAGAGUGUGGACGGGCAGUUCACGGUGUCGGCACCGCAUCCCGAGAUGGACCAACCGGAGCCCAUGCCCAUUUAAGAGCGCUGCGGAAGGUGAAAGUGCAUGGAUUGUAGUUGUUACUGACAGUGUAUUAUUGCAUGUGUUUUGAGAUGGUUUCUAACAGAGCAUAGUUUCCUGCUGUAUUGAGAGCCCUGAUAUGUGCGAUCAAAGCGAGUUAUUUCAUUUCGUGGUUACGUUAUCAUCAGGUUUUUGUUUCCACCGUGUUCAGAAUGCGCUAAACACUUUUUAUGGAUUGCUCUUUCUUGUAUUACGAAAAUUACGCUAUUUUGGUGAAAUGAGUGCCAGGUCACAAGCUAUGUAGUAUAAAUUCACCACUGACAGUGACAACUAAAUUGAUA